AUGGGCUUCUUGAGGCAGCCUGCUGUGUUUGGAGCCAUCUGCUCGCUAAGAAAUGUUCCCUUCCUCUCCUUUUUGUUUCUGCUCACCUCGAUCGUCUCGUAUCCUCCUCGCCCUGUACACCAAGUAGCUCCUGCUGUCCUCGGCAUGGUCCCCUUGGUGGGCGUCUCGCGACUGAGAGGAGGGUCAUUGAUCGAUGAGAAAGAGAACAAGAUGGAGGAAUUCAUUGAAAACCUCAAACUCCCUCCCCCAGAGCCCCAGGCUCCCGCCUUCGGACCUCUACAUCUCACCUGGAGCAUGGCGGCUCCUGAAGCUGAAGACUGGAGGAGGAGCCUUCUGCGACAGAUGGACAAGCCUGAGAAGGAGAGAGAAGGAGAAGAAGAUGACGAUGACGAUGAGGACGAGGAAAUUGAUGAUGAGUACGGUGGUCAGUACUCCAAGUAUCAAGAGAAGUGGGGAGGAAGACGAGCGAAGGACCAGCUCUUCAAGGUCCCCUCUCGGUCAAAGGAGCAGCAGGAGCCGUUGGAAGCAAGGGAGCAGGUGCUUUCGAGCUCGUCGGCAGAGAUCUUCCGUCGAUUCAUGCUGGGGAUGGAUCGGGGAGGUAGGAAGGAUGGCAGCAGCACCAAGGCAGACGCUGGUGUGAACAUCCUAGGACGGGGAAUCGCCAGAGAGCUGAGGGAAGAGAGAAGAAACAGACACCUGAAGCUGAUUGAAGCAGACGAGAGGAGCAGAGGUAUGAAGAAGCAGGAGGAGCCUGUGGAGCAGGAGGGGCCGGCACCGCCCAACGAGGAGGAGCUGUUGGAACAGUGGCAUGGACCUGCGGCCCUCAAAAACUCUCCCGAUACCGACAACACAUCGUUGCCCUGCUCCCCUGCCGAGGAGGAGGAGCUCACACGCAAGAGCGAAAGCACACUGAGGGCAGCUAUCGAACUUUCUCCCGGCAGCGCAGAGACCUGGUACAGGCUGGGAAUCCUGCUGGAACGAGACAAGAACGACAAGGAGGAAGCGGAGAAAAGCUACGGAGAAGCCCUGCGGAUUGAUAAAGACCACCUGGAAGCAGCGAUGAGCCUAGCGAGAUGCCUUCACCUUCGCGGGCUAUAUGGGGAUGCGGAGAAUUUGUAUCGCCACGUCUUAUCAAGAGAUCAACACCACAUCGAUGCUCUCUGCAACUUUGCUGCGCUGCUCCACGACGUCCUUCACAGCCUCGGAAGCUCAAAGCAGCAAGUGGAAGCUCUCUUUCUCCGGGCGAUGCAGAACACCAACUGCUCGGCACAGACAUACUUUGCUUACGCUUCAUGGCUGCAAAACACAGAAGGAGAGGCUGGGGUGAUCGCGGAGCUCUACGGGAAGGCCUUACAGGAGGAUCCUUCUCACCUCCCGAGCUUGAGGGCUGCUGGACGGUUGCUGGGGGGGGCUGGACUUGGUAGAAAUGCUACCCUUCUGUAUGAAAAAGCGGUCCAGUUGGAACCUCGACACCUCCCGACCCGCUACAACUUCGCGUGCGUCCUGCAGAGGACAUGCAACUACUACCUCGAGAAGUUGGAGGGAGGGAGGAUGAGCAGGAGGAGAAUUGAGCAGGUGGAGGUUGGAGGCAGGAAGGCGCCAGUGUUGGACAUGUACGAGGAGUUUCUGACUGAGGAGGAGCAGAAGCAGCACAUGCAGGAGUUGAGGUCCAGCGCGAUCAAGGAGUACGAGGCUAUCCUGAAGAUGGCUCCCCACCAUCCUCCCUCCCUCUGCAACCUCGCUCUCCUCUAUACGCAGGAGGAGGCGGGCAAGGACAAGGACGAGAUUGAGCGGCUUCUCCUCCUCGCCGCUGAGAUUGUUUCCAACGAUAAGACACGAAUGCCUGGGAUAACCAGAGAUUUUCGAGCGGACGUCUGGUGUGCGUAUGGAGCUUUCCUGGAGGAGGAGAGAGGCAACCAGGCGGCAGCUAGUCGAGCCUACGCUGAAGCCCUUCAGGCUGACCGGAAUCACCUCUGUACUUUGAUGCGGUACGCGAACAUGGCUGCCACUGUGCAGAAAGAUUACAAGGUUGGGGAAUGCCUCUAUCGCCAUCUCAUCGCAUUGGUACCUGAAGAAUGUGACAUCUGGCUCUCCUACGCCGACUGCCUCCAGUCCCUGGAGGAUUAUCCCGACGCUGAGCAGGCCUUCAAGUAG